ACAGUUUAGACAGACUAUGUCUGAAGAUUUUCCUGUUAUUUGUCAUUCUUUUACCUGCUUUGUUUAUAUAUAUACAUAUAUAUUUUUUAUAAUUUUAAUAAAUUUAUAAUAGGUAAGUGCUGAGAUUUAUUAAAAUGACGACAUCUACUGUAUUAAGAGUUAAGCGUAGAUUAGAAGAUAAUCCUCAAGAUGCUCUGGUGAUCAUGUGCAAGCGUAUGAAAACACAAACAGAAGAAUUAUCACCCUCUUUAUUUGUAUUCAGAGGCACUGUAAAUACUCAGGAACCAAUCAAUGUAAAAGACAUAACACCAAAAAGUGAUGUGAAAUUGAAACCAACACACGACGUCAGUGAGAUCAUAGACAAAAUUAGAAAAGAAAGAAAAGAUGUGUCCAGCCAGAGUCGAUAUGAGGUAGUCAAUUGCAGUAGAGGAUUGAAAGAAAACAAUAAUGUAGAUAGUGACCAACUUUAUCAUUUGGUCGACUUAGAAAAAGCAGAUACUAAGGAAAAUGAUGUGAAGUAUGCAUAUGAUUUGUACAUAGCAGCAAAGCAAGAUUUUGAUGUUUCAAUGUUGGAUAAUAUUGUUAGUAUAGAAGAUUAUGAAACAGAUUUAAUAUUUGGAUCGCACCGUGACAACGGACGACGGAGUCCCUCCACAGACAAUGAUGAUGACGAAGACGACUCAAAUGAUGAAAACAAUUGGCGGAAUGACUAUCCCGAUUCAGAGCCUAGCAGUAUAGAUGAAGAAGACAUGAUUAGAGCAGUAGAAAGGUGUGAUCUAGACGACGAUCUGUCCAGUGACACGGGUGAAGAUAAAAUAUAUGAUGAGCCACCGGAUAUUUUUAAUGAAGAUGUCAAAAGGUAUGGGGCGGCAUACGCUAAGUACAAAGCUAAGGUCCUAUCCGAAGAUCCUGAUCUGGCCAAUAGUAGAGGUCUUGUCCAUUCAGCGAAGAUCAAGGAAUUGGAUGACAAUAAUGGCUAUAAAGAUGAUAGUGAUGAUGGGUUUUAUUAUGGCCAAGAUGAAGACACAGAGCAGUAUCGGGAACAAUAUGGCAGUGAUAUCUCAGAAUCGGAUUGAACUGGUUAUGUCCAGUUUUAACUAGUUCUAAGUGAAUAUUAUUAGAUAAUUUUAAAUAUAUAAAUUAUUUGAUA